AUGGAUGUGCAGCUGCCAAAAGGUCACAAGAUGCGCGAAACCCUGACCUCCAGCGGGUGGAACAUCUUUGAGGAUCCUGCGACACCUGCGGUGCUGUUCUACGCCAUUUGCCUUUGCAAAGGCACCAGCGCAAUGACUGGGGUCUCGGCGGGCUACCUAAAGAUCUGGGUGGUGCGGUACAAGACUUGGGCCGAGGGCGGCUACCAGCAGAUGCUGGCGAAGAAGAUGCAGGCCAUGUCCGGUGCCACUGUGGACGAGAAGCCGCCCCGGCCGCCGGCGGGGUCCGUGCACGACGGCUGGCCGGAGCCUGCCCACUACGACAAGAACGGAAUGGAGAGGUAUCGGGUGGCCUUCCUGGCGGAGAACCAGCUCUGGCUGCAGGUGGCAGUGUCCGAGAUGAUGGACAAGAAGACUUUGGAGAAGCACCGGCAAGACCUGCUGGACGGGCUCGCUGGCAUCGUCAGCGAGGUGGCGCCGAAAGACUACGCGCCGGAGGGAACCGAUGCGGUGGAGAAGGAGAUGUUCCAGUUCGGCGCGGCGCCGGCCAUGGACCUGGCGCGGGCUGCCUCAGAGGUCCAGCGGGAAACCUACGAGAACAGUGCGCUGCGGCAGCUGAUGAGGAUGUGGCGCGAGCGCGCACAGUUCAUGCUCUUCUUGCAGCAGGUUUCGGCGAUGGUAAAGCUGGACAACUACCAGCGCAGGGACGCCUGCGAGAUUUGCGGCAAGACCAAGGAGAUGUCGCCGCUGGUCGUGUUGCCCAUCUACACUUUGCUGCACUUGGCUUCGCUGUACCGGGAGCAGCGGGACAUGUCGCCGCUCUGGAACACCCCGCUAUGGAAGCACUUCUACCAGACCUUCACUCCCACCUGCACGCUCUGCGAGGAAUGCGCACGGUACUACCACAAGCGCAACACCAACAUUCCGGUGAACGAAAAGAGGUACCAGCGCCUGCAGGCCAAGAAGAAGAGCGCCUACGAGAUGGUGAGGCGCAGCGAUUAUCCUGUGAUCACUCUGGACCCCGAGAUGAAGCAGGUCUUGAACCUUUGGUUGGAGUGGACCCGGUGCAUCGUCCGGGACGAGCGGCCGCAAGAAUUCUUGCCCCGCUUCGGCAUCGAAGGCCGAACCAUGCAGGAGGUCAGGAAGGAGCUCUUGGACAAGGGCGGCGGCGACGACGUGUCACUGCCCUCCGUGUCCGACAAGGAUGAAGAGGCCGCAGUGGACGACGAUGGCGUCAAGGACCCGCUGCUGAUCGACUUGGAGGCCGAUGACAUUGAGCCAAAGCUGCCACUCAAGGUCCCCAAGUCGCUGAGCUGGUCGGAGGCCUCCAUCAUGCGGAGUUGGCUGCACAAGGCCCGCGACAGCCUCCAGGCGCCGCAGACCACGAACUGGAUGUAUCCCGUGGAAGCUGGGCUCAAGCCUCGGGACACGAGAGUGACCCUGUGGACACGGGACCCCGGGGCCUUCGUCUUCGUCCUGGCAGGAUCCUCUUCCUUUUACCCCGGUGAGCUGGGGUAA